AGGAUCUCAAUUUCUAGGUUAUUAAUGAGCUAACUUAUUCCCUUCUAAUGGAUUCUGUAGAUGGACGACGGUACCGGCCCUCUGGCGUCACUUCUCAGGCAAUUGAUUCUCGCUCUGGGGGACCCGCUAGAUCCCAAGGAUGGUCGGCCUCGCAUCAGUAUUCUUUUGCGAGUGUUGGGGUUCUGUCGAGAGUCCAAGUGUGCAACACGGUACAGUGGCCUCAGAAAAAUAGCGCUUUCCAUGCGGACUGACUGCCUGCUCCGGCGGCUCGCCCGACUUGCCUGCCGGAGGAGUGGGGAGAGCGGAGCACGGCAGCAGCGAACGCACAGUACCUGUCGUGGCGACAGUUAUCGAGAGUCCACUGUAGCGAGGGCGAGCAUGAUUCUGUUCUUCGCUGGAAACGUGGUGGACGUACUGGUGUCGGAGGGGGACACGCGCCGCAUGCCCUUGAGCAUGAUGCUCGGGAUAUACUCAUCCAUGGCCUGCUACACGGUGCUGGUGCGUCACAAGGAGGACAUAACCACCGCCCUGCGCCAGGCGCACCGGGUCGCCGAAAGGCUGCACAGGGACGGCUCGCCGAGGUCGCGGGAAGUUCUGCAACUUAUGGCCAGCCGAUGUCGCUUCGUGGCCAAGAGAUUCUACCCUACCUACGCCGCAUUACUCGCCUUGGGCACGGUGUCGUCCUUUGAUCAUCAAACUGGUGUGAAUCAAUCACUAAAGGGACAAAAGAAGAUUUUGCUGAUAAUUAGGCAAGUUAUUGAGGCAUUUAGUUCUAUUUGCGGUCAUGUAUGCCUUUACACACUCCUUUCAUACGUGUUAGUCAUCUUUGCAUCAUGCUCCCUACUCCUCCGAGAAGUUGGCAGAGUUGUCAAGCAAACAGGAAAGGUUGGUGAUGCAGCAGCGAUGCAUGUACAGCUAGUUCUUGGCUGUUCCCGUAUGAAUGCUGCAUUCGGCGUCUAUCUUCCGCACAUCGCUGUGGCCCCGUCUGUGAUCCCUUUGCUGAGCACCGUAACGAUCAUCAUGUCUGCCGAGAAGGCUGAUAUGUACGUUGCUGGAUCCUUUCCUGCUGUCCUGUUCUAUUUAGCGCCUUUGUGCGAGGUUGGGGACAUGCUAGUGGCUGGCAGCGACACCUUUUGUUUCAGUGCCUACUGUGGUCCGUGGCUCGAGGAGGGCCCGGCGACCCGACGCUGUCGCUGGUUGCUGAUGAGCGCCCCGACGAUGAACCUAUCGGCGCCGGGUAUGGUGAGCGUCAACAGACCUACUUUGCGGAAAGCAGCGCGUACGUGGUUCCAGUUCCUUCAGGUCCUGAUCAAGUUAAAGGCGUAACAAACAGCUGUAAUCAUGAGAAUUUUUUUU